AUGUCCCUUUCUCCAAUCGAAAAAGCUGCUUCUGGUGCUUUGGCAUCGGCUAUUGCCAAUACGUUGGUUUACCCAUUGGAUUUGAGUAAAACCAUUAUCCAAACCCAGGUCAAGAAGCACAACCACAAAUCGGCAAACCCCGCAGGCUCUGCAACUUUACCGAGCCCACCGCAAUCAGAAACUUCCGACUUUGAAGACUCUAUAUUGAAGGAUUCCCCCACCAAGGAUAAGGAUAGCGGCGAGUUAAAGUACAAAAACACAAUCGAUGUCUUGAGAAAAAUCUACCAAAAGAAAGGAAUUCUAGGCUGGUACCAUGGUUUGCUUUCCACCGUAGUUGGCACCGCUGCUCAAAACUUUUCCUACUUUUAUUGGUACUCCAUUGUCAAGAAAGUAUACGCCAAUAUCUACAAAAACAUUUCAAACCACAAACCAAGCACCCUUACAGAGCUAUUCCUUGGUGCAGUUGCCGCAGCAAUAUCACAAUGUUUCACCAUGCCAAUCGGUGUCAUAACCACACAGCAACAAACUGAUAAACACCACAAGAACUUUGUGCAAUUGAUCAAAGAAAUCUUGGACCAAGAUGGAAUCUCAGGAUUAUGGAGAGGAUUAAGAGUCUCUUUAGUAUUGUGUAUCAACCCCUCAAUCACAUACGGUUCAUAUGAAAGGUUGAAGCAGGUGUUAUAUGGAAGCAAGGAAUUCUUGGGACCUUUGGAAAGUUUCUCAUUGGGUGUGUUGGCCAAGUCCUUGGCAACCGUAGCAACCCAACCAUUGAUUGUCUCAAAAGCCAUGAUUCAAAAGAAGGCUAAAAGCAAAAAACCAACAGAUGCAACCGCAACCGCAACCGCAACCGCAACAACCGCAACCAGCAACAGUAAUCUCGACAAACCACCCAAAAAGGAUGAAGAGGAUGAAGAUGAUGAAGAUGAAGAUAUCAAGUUUGACCAUUUCACCGAUGCAUUAGCCCACUUAUGGCACACUGAAAAGCUCCAUGGUCUUUAUAAAGGUAUUGCCCCACAAUUGUUGAAGGGUGUCUUUGUCCAAGGAUUAUUGUUUAUGUUUAAGGACCAAAUCGAUAUGCUGUUCCUUUAUUUAUUAUCCUUGAUUAAAGGACAAAGAAAGCUCGUUAAAGGUUGA